AUGAGCUCGCUGCACCCUCGGCUGGAGGGCUGCGCGCUGGGGAUUCAGCGGUGCCACUCGGUGACCGGGAGCUGGGAGAGGAGGGGCACGCAGGCCCCGCCCACAACGCCCGCCUCCUUGAAGCUGGCAGACAAAGUCUCCUGGAAGAAGUUCUUCUGGAGCAACUCCGAGUCCAUGCUGCCCGGUGACAGCCUGGCCCACGUGGGACUGGGACCUGCCGCUGCUUCCUCCAUCUCUCCUUCCUCCCUCCCCCACCCCCGCGCUGACUCCAGCGAUAAGAGGAACCAGGGGGCGAUUGGCAGCUAUUCCGAGUGGUUCGCUGCCGCCUUGGGCAACCUGAAAUGGUUGCGGUUCUGUCUGGAUCCGGACCUUGAGGAAAUCCCUACCGAUAACAAGGGUUUCUCUGCCAUCCACUUUGCAGCCCAAAGCUGCCAGCUAGAAUGCCUGCAGGUCUUGGUAGAGGAGUACAAGUUUCCCGUGGACCUGCCCACCAACAAUGGCCAGACACCACUGCACCUCGUCAUCCACAAGGAAAACAAGAACAUGGUCCUCCCCUGCAUUCACUAUCUUCUGGAGCACGGGGCGUCCCUCAACACUCAGACAUGCAAGGGCUCCACACCGCUGCACCUGGCAGCCCGGGAGGGGCUGCUGAGCUGUGUGAAGGUCCUGGUGAAGAGUGGUGCCAAUGUCCAUGCCCAAGAUGCCAUGGGCUGCAAGCCCAUCGACUAUUGCAAAAUAUGGAACCGCCGCAUCUGUGCUCGGUUCUUGAAGGAUGCCAUGUGGAAACGGGACAAGAAGGACUUUGCCUGUGAGAUGGGGAAACUGAAGAGGCUCAAAGGACAGCUGGCCCUCAUGGAGCAGGGCCACCUGACUGAGUGUCAAAAAGAACACCAAAUGCUGAAAGAGGCUGAUUUCAAGAAGUGGCUCCAUCACAAGCUACUGCCCCGAGGCCAAUCUCUGAUCCACAACACUAAGCAAGAGUCCCGAGCCCCACCCUGGGCCAUCUCCCUCUCCAAGAUCCCCAAGCCUCCCAAGAGCUUCCACCCCUUCCCACUGGUGCACCUGCAACAGACACCACAGCCCGCGCCGCAGCCCUUGGGGGCAUUCACACCCAUCUACGAGCAGCACAGAGUCAGGCAGCCCAAGUCGUGGAAUCCUAACAACAACCCGGCCAGAUCCCCCACCACCCAGAUCAGCUACCCGCAGGGCAUCCGCCUGGGUGUGCAUCCAGACCCCAGCUCCGAGCAUGACUUCUGCAGAUUCCUCAAGAUCAGGUCUGAUGGGCAUGGUGGUGCGCAGUUGCGCACGGUGACUGGCAACCAGGUGGCACCUGUGCCUCGGCUGCCUUUGGAGGUGAUAGUCCGGGAGCUGUACCCUCAGGUGCGGCCGUGUAGGAUGAAGGUGCCCCAGGGCCUCCACUCUGUCAGCAUAAGGGACAUAGAUCGGAAGAGGUACUUGGGCGACAACACCUUCUGGACAGACACUCUAGCCAUGAGCCUGCGUGAGACAUUUGACGAAGCCUUCCUGGCAGCAGUGCGAGCUCAUCAAGGGCUCCCCAUUCUGCCCUCCCCCCAACCCCCCCCAUAAACUUAUUUUUGUAGCCUCUCGACCUGAGGCAGGCCAAUGAAGGCCGAGGUAUGGCCAUUCAUGCUGCGGACAGGGAAGAAGGGGAGGAGUGCCCACAGGAUUCCCAUUCCCAAGAUCAAGGGUCAGAGCCCCUGCCCCUCAACAAAAGCCCAGAUCCCAGGUCUCCCUUCUCUCUAAAAAGAAAUCUCUUGGACACCCCCCAAGAGAUUCAAAUUAGGACAGCAGCCCAAAGCUCAGAGUGGCAGUCUCUAUCCUAGGCCUUAGCAUUGUAAAAGUAACACUCUGGUGUCCCCUUUGCUCCCCCUCCCCCUAAACAGCCCAUCAGGGACAGGCUUUCAGGGUGAGGCAGCACUGGCAAAUCUGCCUCCUGUUCAGAUUAAGUCCUAUUGCAGGCUCCAGGCCUCAUGCUUCACCUCCACAUUCAGAGUAGGGUGGGAGACAGCCAAUGUGUCACCCUGCCAUGGGCUUCCCUGCCACUGUGGUUUCUGCAGGUCAGGGGGGCACAGGUGGCAUAUCUAGGGGGAGGAAGGAAGGACCUAUGGCUUUAGUUUGAGACUAUGAAAGCAUCUGGACUUCCUCCAGGAAGCUAGCCUGCAUCCCUUGCUAUCCGCUGUACACAUCACUACAAAUCAUUCAGUAAACAAACAUUUAUUGAGUG